AUGUCAAACAAAAGAAAACAAGAAGAAGAAGAAGAAGAGGAAGGAUAUGAAUAUGAAGAAUAUGAACAUGAACGGGAGGAAGAGGAAGAAGAAGAUGAAAUUAAAGAUAAUUCAAAACAUAAAAAUGGUAAUAAACCAACUAAAACAACAACUACAACUACAACUACAACUACCACCACCACAAUACCAAAUUCAAAAAAUAAAACAACUUCUACUCCAACUAUAACAACAAGUCCAAAAUUAAAAGGAAAAAAUAAUAAUAAUAAUAAUAAUAAUAAUAAUAAUAAAAAUAAUAAUAAAAAUGAAAAUGAAAAUGAAAAUAAAAUUGAAAAAGAUAAACAUUUAACAAUUCAUGAAGAACGUCAAAAAAAGAGAGAAGCAUGUAAUAGAUUCAUUAAAAAUCCAGAACCAUUAUUAAAAUUAAUUAAAACUAUUAUAUUUGAGUAUCAAAUUAAAUCAGAGAUUUCAUUCACUCAAUUAAAAGAGGUAUGGAAACAAUUUGGAUCUGAAACUUUUAAAAUAUUUUUUGAAGCUCAAACUAUAAAUCAUGAAGUGAUUCAUAUACUUUAUUAUGGUGUUUUAGGUUAUACACUUUUAGAUCAACCUAUUAAUGGUAAAGCUUGUAUCAUAUUCUUACUUUAUAUUUUAUAUAAUUCACAAAUUUGUUCACCAAAACAACAAAUUGUUUUAACAAUUAAUAUGUGGGAAAAGUUAUUAGGAUAUUUCAAUGAAUUUAAAGAACAAGAAAUUGUUGAAGCAUAUCAAGCAUUUAGAUCAUUAAGAACAUCUGGUGCAUUUGUAUUUUCAGCUACACUUCAUCCAGUUUCAACAAUGAAUAUAUUUAAAACCAAUAGUAUUGCAUUGAAAUCAUCAGUAAUUCCACCAGAUUUAGUUGGUCAAGAUACAACAAAAUCUUUAAAAGAAUUGUCAGAAUUAGAAAGAAUUCAUAAUGCUUAUAACUCUGCUAAAAUGGGUGAAAAUGGAGUUAUACCUUCAUCAUUAAAUAUUAUAAAUUCAAAUUUUUCAAAUGAAACAAAAGAAUAUACAGAACAAAAUACUUAUGUCAAAUUCACAAAAUUAUGGGAAUCAAAAACGCCUGGUAUGCCUUAG